ACAAUGGGGAUCACAUCUCACCUUUUGCAUUACGGUGGGAAUGCGGACAGAAUUUCUCCCAGCAGAGGGUGGGAUUUCUCUCUCAAACUGAAAUAGGAAUGACCUACUCCAUUACGAUGGAGAUGUCUAGGUGGUGGGCAUUGUGUCUCCUCUGUCAGACUGGGAAUUUCCAGAUGUUGGAGACCACGACUCCCAGACUGGGAGUGCCCAGAAGUUGGGAACAAUGUCUCCUCCAUCAGACUGGGAGCUCCCAGAGUCAGGGACCAUGUCUCCUCCAUCAGACUGGGAGCUCCCAGAGUCAGGGACCAUGUCUCCUCCAUCAGACUGGGAGCUCCCAGAAUCAGGGACCAUGUCUCCUCCAUCAGACUGGGAGCUCCCAGAAUCAGGGACCAUGUCUCCUCCAUCAGACUGGGAGCUCCCAGAAUCAGGGACCAUGUCUCCUCCAUCAGACUGGGAGCUCCCAGAAUCAGGGACCGUGUCUCCUCCAUCAGACUGGGCGCUCCCAGAAUCAGGGACCAUGUCUCCUUCAUCAGACUGGGAACUCCCAGAGUCAGGGACCGUGUCUCCCCCAUCAGACUGGGAGCUCCCAGAAUCAGGGACCGUGUCUCCCCCAUCAGACUGGGAGCUCCCAGAAUCAGGGACCGUGUCUCCUCCAUCAGACUGGGGGCUCCCAGAGUCAGGGACCAUGUCUCCCCCAUCAGACUGGGGGCUCCCAGAGUCAGGGACCGUGUCUCCCCACGGACUGAGCAUCUCCAGGGGCCUGAGAGGCCGUGUUCCAGAAACAGGGCCGCGUUUGACCCAUUAGACCAGGAGCUUGCAGACACCGGGGACUAGGUCAUUCCCCAGGCUGGAGUCUUGCCUCCCCCAUCAGACCAGACACUCUCAGAAGUCAUGUCCCUCAGGGACAGAGUCGCCCUCCCUCGGACUUGAAGCUUCUAGGAUCAGGGACCCAGUCACCAGCAGGCACCCCGGACCCCCUCUUUCAUCCACUCACUCAUCAAGCCCUGGUUUUCUGGGCCAGUGUUAGGGGGAGAAUGUUGUCCAGGGACAGCAGACCACCCCCCAAUGAGGCCCGGGGAGGCCCUUUCACCUGUCUCUCUUCUCACAGUCAACCUUCCUCCCUUGCAGAGGACCAGCGCUACCUUCCUGAACCUGAACCUGGCACAGGCUGAGCGUGGGGCGGGCGGGGCC